AUGGGUCGAUCUGGUCCUGAAGUGCGCGACAUUUACUACCGCCGUGCAAAGGAGGAAGGCUGGCGGGCGAGGUCGGCGUUUAAGCUCUUGCAGAUUGAUGAGGAAGUGAAUCUCUUUGAAAAUGUCGAGAGGUGUAUUGAUUUAUGCGCGGCGCCCGGGAGUUGGAGCCAGGUGGUUAGCAAGAGGGUUUGGGCGUCCUCCAACAAGAAGGACAGGGUCAAGAUCGUGUCCGUUGAUAUUCAGGACAUGGCCCCGAUCGAUGGCGUGGUACAAAUCAAGGGUGACAUCACGAAAGAGAGCACCGUUGAAGAGAUUGUGAAGUCGCUCGGAGGAGAGCAGGUGCAGCUGAUCCUGUGCGACGGAGCGUCGGACGUGACUGGAUUGCACGACAUGGAUGAAUACAUUCAGUCCGGACUGCUUCUUUCCGCACUGAAUGUGGCGAUGCGUCUUUUGGAGCCGGGCGGCACUUUUUUGGCCAAGUUCUUCAAGGGGAGGCACGCCUUCUUGACCCACGCUCAGUUCAGGGUCUUUUUCUCCUCGGUCCAGUUUAUAAAGCCCACGAGCUCUCGUUCUCACUCGAUGGAAUCGUUCAUCGUCUGCGAGCGCUUCAAGCUUCCAAUCGGCUACGCGCUCAAGUCGCAGGCACUCCUCGAGGAACCCGGCGAGAAACGGACGCUGGGCGGCGACGGGCUGGCGCUCUUCGUGCAGUCUGGAGACUUGUCCGGAUUCGACGAGAUUCUGGGACUGGAAUCCAACGAUUCAUAA